GCGAAGCUACGGGGAGCGACGUAUCCGAGAGAGUAGUUGUUUUCAAGCCAAAAGCGGGUUUAUUUCUCGAUAAAUCUGCACGGAAGUCGAUUGAAACACACUGGGAACUAAAAUACGAUUGUUUUUUUUCUUUUUUUUAAUGCUUGGACGCCUCGACAAUUGGUUCGACCGCAGCAUCGAGUCAAGUGGGGACUCUUCAACGCAAUUAACUUGUGUGGAUUUCCGCUGACCUUACCGAGAGCACUUCUUUGUGGUCACCGGGCUUGAAUUUCCCCCUUGUUGGCCAGUUUUCUCGUCUAUCUUCUUGGGAAUAUACCGGGUUGUACACAAUAAACAGCACAACGGUCGCCGGAGAGUGGUUGGACGGAGGAGCCUUUUCAUUCUUCACCUGGUUCCUACUAUUACCCUCCUCCACUUCUGCCUCCGCCGCCGCCGCCGCUUCUCCUCUCGCCCCCUCCAGCUAAUGAGCCGUUUCCCGUGUUUUUCCGGUUGAUUUACGACCACCGCCACUACCGCUGGAGCUAAAAACGAAGCGGGAGCGGAGCAAAGGGGGUGCACAAUUCACGUUAAUCGCUCGUUAAACUCGGACGGAGCAUCGGGGCGGUCGGUUUGCCUCGGAAUUAACGAGGGUUGGGGGGGGGACCGUAACGGCGGAUGGAUGCUCCCCGGUGGUCCUGCUCUCGUUGAGUGUCCCCCCGUCUUAUUAUUGCGUUUUUUUCUGCCCUAAAGGAGAGUAGAUCAUCCAACCUCCUCCCCCCCGCCGUUGAUAACCAUGUUUCCCCAGGGGCGCCACCCGACUCCCCACCAGGCCCCAGGGCAGCCCUUCAAAUUCACCAUCCCCGAAUCGUUGGACCGCAUCAAGGAGGAGUUCCAGUUUCUACAGGCUCAGUACCACAGUUUGAAGCUGGAAUGCGAGAAACUGGCCAGCGAGAAGACGGAGAUGCAGCGGCACUACGUCAUGUACUACGAGAUGUCCUAUGGCCUAAACAUCGAGAUGCAUAAACAGACUGAGAUCGCCAAGAGACUCAACACCAUCUGUGCACAAGUCAUUCCCUUCCUAUCACAGGAGCACCAGCAGCAGGUGGUCCAGGCUGUGGAGAGGGCCAAACAGGUGACCAUGGCCGAGUUGAACGCUGUGAUCGGCGUACGAGGACUGCCUGGCCUCCCCCCAACACAGCACCUGUCUCAUACUCACGGGGGAGCACCUGUCCCCCUGACGCCUCACCCCGCCGGCCUGCACCCCUCUCAGCUCAGCGGCUCCGCGGGGCUCCUUGCUCUGUCCGGGGCCCUCGGAGGGGUGCCUCCCCACCUCACAGGCAAAGACAGCGGGGAUAAGAAGCCCCCUCACCUGGGCGGACCCGACUCACAUCCUGGAGGACCGGAGCACUUAAGAGACCGAGAGCCCGGCACAAGCAACUCGCUGCUUCCUGAAAGUCUACGAAACUCAGACAAGAGACGAAACGGACCAGAGUUUCCAAACGACACCAAGAAAAGAAAAGUGGACGACAAAGACUCCAGCCACUAUGACAGCGAUGGUGAGAAAAGCGACGAUAACUUGGUAGUGGAUGUUUCAAAUGAGGACCCCGCUUCUCCCCGGGGCACGCCGCUCCCCUCCCCACGAGAGAACGGUUUAGACAAAGCGCGAAUGUUGAAGAAGGACCCCUGCAGUCCCGCCUCCACCGCGUCAUCGGCGAGCUCCUCCUCACUCAAGUCCAAAGAGAUGGCCAUGCGGGAGAAGGCGGGUACUCCAGGGCUGAAGUCCAGUACACCCACUCCCAGAGGCGACUCCACCCCAGGACCGAGCUCCACUCCUGGGAUCAGACCGAGCCUCGCCAAGCCGCCCUCCAUGGAGCUCCCACAUCCUCCCGGUGCAGGUUUGAGGACUCCCCUGGCUGUUCCAGGUCCGUACCCGGGAGCGUUUGGGAUGUUGCCUCACGGGGCGGGGAUGAACGGGAAUGAGCUGGCCGGAGCGGCGGGGGCAGCGGCGUACGCGGCUGGAAUCCACAACAUGUCCCCCCAGCUGAGUGCAGCUGCAGCGGCCGCUGUGGCAGCCUACGGACGCUCCCCCAUGGUCGGCUUUGAUCCACAUCCACACAUGAGGGUCCCGGGUUUGCCCCCGAAUCUGAUCCCCGGAGGAAAACCUGCCUACUCCUUCCACGUGGCGGCGGACGGGCAGAUGCAGCCGGUGCCUUUCCCUCCGGACGCGCUGGUGGGCCCGGGCAUCCCUCGCCACGCUCGCCAGAUCAACACACUCAACCACGGCGAGGUGGUGUGCGCGGUGACCAUCAGUAACCCCACCAGACACGUGUACACGGGAGGGAAGGGCUGUGUCAAAGUGUGGGACAUUAGUCACCCCGGCAACAAGAGCCCCGUGUCCCAGCUCGACUGUCUGAACCGUGAUAACUACAUCCGCUCGUGCCGCCUCCUCCCUGACGGCCGGACGCUGAUUGUCGGAGGCGAGGCGAGCACGUUGUCCAUCUGGGACCUGGCCACGCCCACUCCGCGGAUAAAGGCGGAGCUUACCUCAUCAGCGCCGGCGUGCUACGCUCUGGCGAUUAGCCCCGACUCCAAAGUGUGCUUCUCCUGCUGCAGCGACGGAAACAUCGCCGUGUGGGACCUGCACAACCAGACGCUAGUCAGACAGUUCCAGGGCCACACAGACGGAGCGAGCUGCAUCGACAUCUCCAAUGACGGGACCAAACUGUGGACUGGAGGUUUGGACAACACUGUGCGCUCAUGGGACCUGAGGGAGGGACGACAGCUGCAGCAGCACGACUUCACCUCACAGAUCUUCUCUCUGGGCUACUGUCCCACAGGCGAGUGGUUGGCCGUGGGGAUGGAGAGCAGCAACGUGGAGGUUCUUCACGUCACCAAACCCGACAAAUACCAGCUGCACCUGCACGAGAGCUGCGUGCUGUCCCUGCAGUUCGCCUACUGUGGUAAAUGGUUUGUGAGCACAGGAAAAGACAACCUGCUGAACGCCUGGAGGACCCCCUACGGCGCCAGCAUAUUCCAGUCCAAGGAGUCCUCGUCCGUGCUGAGCUGUGACAUUUCCGUCGACGAUAAAUACAUCGUCACCGGGUCAGGAGACAAGAAGGCCACCGUCUACGAGGUCAUCUACUAGAGACAGACAGACCCGCCUCUGUGUGGAGCUGCCGCCCGUUUCCUUUGAACGCACCCAGAGCUCUCCGCCAUCUUUGUAUGGGCCACUGACAACGCCUCAACCGCCAUGUUUGUGAGGGAAACUGCUCAAAUCCUCUCAACGGUAUUUCUGUGAGAGCAACUUCUAACUGCUAAACGCGAUAUUCGCCAUGUUUGUGAGGGCAACUACUAAUGUCACUUCCGCCAUCUUUGGAAGGGGAACCGCAAGAAGCUAACUUCGCCAUCUUUUUAAGGGCAACUCCUAAUGCCUCAUCUCCCAUCUUUGUAAGGGCAACUGCUACUCAAGCGACUCUAUACAGGAUAACUGCUAAAAAAACAAAAUCACCUCCGCCAUCUUCGUGAGGGCAACUGGUCAACAGCAUCUUCCGCCAUCUUUGUCAGGGGAACUGCCAACGCCGCUUCCGCCAUCUUUGGGAGGUCAACUGCUAAUUCCUCAAUAUUCCCGCCAUUAUUUCCGUGAGGGCAACUGCCGCUCGAGCCACUCUGGACAGGACCAUUUUGUCAGAUAUCCAGGCACAUAUCCAGCGUUCGAGAGCGGGAGGAGGAAACCGGAGAUUCUUGAAUUAUUUUACACUGAGAGUUAUAUUGACAAUGAUGAACAAAUCCGCUUCGAUACACAGCGCUCUCGAGAUCUUACCGGAACGAACGGAAAUGCAGAUAUCGCGUCGGCCAUGUUGGGAAGGACAAUUUUGCAGAGACUGUUUUUGCGGACUGCCUUUUUGACCCUAGAACCUCAGCUUGCCAUUGUAAAACACGUCGCAUCUAUGUUUAUUAUUAUGUCCUAUUGAACUGCAUUGUGUUCAGAAUGUGAUUAUAGACGUGGUACAAACUGAAAACGGUAGCUUUCGAAAUCAAAUUAAAAGCUACUCGUGCGUACAAUAGCGGUGAACACGCUCUCAUCAGGUUUGUCUUAAAUUCCUGCUUAUAGAAAUGACGCAAAAACGCAGACACAAUUUAUGAUCGCUAAGAAACUAAACUGAUAUAAAUAUGUCGUAAGAUUAAAUAAUAAUGCAGUUGUGAGUUUCGGUUCGUUUAAAUGGUACCAAGCCUUGCCACAAUGUCUUACUACACGGGACCAACUCUAAACCCUUUAAAAUACUCGUUAUCAGAAUGUUCAAAACUCACAUUUAGGCACCGUCAUUUUCAUAUUUUCAGUUAUGUUGACAAAAAAAAUAAACUACAUUUGAAUUUUCUGGUGUUGAAAUAUCUUCUCUCUUAAAACAUUUAAAGAACUAAUAUUUUCUAGCUUACAAUUUGAUUAAAAAAGUGAAAUUUGUGGUAUUUAAUGUAACGGGGCUGGGCAGUUUGUGUAUUAUUGUUAGUUUAUUUGUUUUUCAAAAUAAAACUAAAAAUAAGAAAACAAAAGAAAAAAAAACUAUUUUUAUUCAUUAUUUGUCUCCGUUUCCGUGACUUAAACUGCGAUGAUGGACUGAACCAGGAUUGAAUCAGGACUAAACUAGGUCUAAACCCGGUCUCAACCAGGACUAAAUCGGUCUCAGUCCUUGUCUUGGUCCCAGUCCCAGUCUUGGUCUGGUUCCAGUCUCAGUCCUGGUCCUGGUCCUGCUCCCGAGCUGGUCCCGGUCUCAGUCCUGUUCUGGUUCCGGUCUGGUCCUGGUCUCAGUCCCGGUCUCAGUCCCGGUCUGGUCCUGGUCUCAGUCCCGGUCUCAGUCCCGGUCUCAGUCCCGGUCUCAGUCCCGGUCUCAGUCCCGGUCUCAAACCUGGUCUGGUCCUGGUCUCAGUCCUGGUCCCGGUCUGGUCCUGGUCUCAGUCCUAAUCACCCGACAGUCUACACGGGCGCACCUCCAGGUCCGUCCUGACACUCAGUCCUGGUUUAGUCCUGGGUUCAGUCCGUAUGCGGCGCAAAAGUCCAGCAUCGCAGUUUAAGUCAUUUCCAUUAUUCAUUUAAACACAAAAUCGAAAACUGAAAAAAACUAAUCAUUAUCAGUUUUUUUCAUUUUGGUUUUGGAGACAAAUAAUGAAGAAAACAGUUGUUUUUUUUUCAUUUUCUUAUUUCUGGUUUUAUUUUGAAAAACACAUGAAGGAAUGACACACAGAUUCAGACCAAUACCCCCCAAAAAUUUAUCACAAUUUUUUUCAAAUUUUUAUAGUUUUUAUCCAUUUUUUUCUUAUUAAGAUUAAUGUUUAGAAGCGCUCCGAUCGAUCAAGAUAAAAAAAUAACCUGAUUGAUGAGUGGUGAUUGGAAAAAUGGACCAAUCAAACAUAACGAAAACCCAGAUAGGUACUUAAAUUAAUGGACAUUAUUGGCUUUUGGUCAAACUUCAUACCAUCAAGAGCCAAUAUUUUUUUGUUCAAAUAAUAAAAUGGUUUGCGUCACAUUCUCGGAGUCAUGUGAUCUUUUUUGGCCAAUCAAAUAUCUAAUAAAAUGGCUUCAAUUACAGGACAGGUAGUUAAAAAAUUGUCUACAAUUAAUUAAAAAACAAAUGAAUAUUACAGGUAAAUUUAAAGUCUGUAGAUUUUGAACACAUUCUUUAAACAAUCUUUUAAAGGGUCAAUUCUUCUGCGAUAAGGUUUUUUGAUAAACGUCUCGAAAUCGUAGUCAACUUUAAGGCGCUGUACCUGAUUUUCCAUGGAUUAAAAACACAAAAAAACAGAAUCUGGAAUAAUUUUAUGGUUUGCAAUGGCCCAAAGUUGAUCCUCGUUUACUUUUACGCAUUCAGAGCAUCGUAAUUAUUAGUUUAUAAGCGCUUUCCGCAACUCUCAGAGACCAGAGCGGAGUUUUGCCGCAACAACUAGCAUACUAACCACACACUUCCUGGUUAUCGAACUAGAGAGCAGACAUAUUUUGACCUCCAGAGUACGUUUUGCGCAAAUACGUGGAAAAAAAUCAGGUACAGGCCCUUUAAACCUAAUGUCUUAGAAUCUGAAUCUAUUGCUGGUUUGGUGUUUUUCCGGACGGUUGAGGUGGAUAAAGUGUCUAAGUUUUGCUUUUUGUGUUGGAUGUAAAAAAUGUAAAUAUGUUUUGUUUUUUGUUUUGUUUUUUCUUACAGGAAUUGCUUUAGAGAUCCAGGUUUUGUACGUCUUUUACAUGAACAAAUCAGGAGAACUACUAAAUGGUCUUAAUGCUAGCUAAUCAAAUGAUUGAAAUGUCUAGACAAUAAAUGUGUUUUUGUAA